AUGCAUUUGAAGAAAUGUAAGCAAACGUCCUGACGCAAACGGCCUCGAAAAGCCUCUGACAUAACAAGGUCAGAAGAGGAUGCAGAGGACCAGAGUCACAGUGACCAGGAAAGUUAUUUCAGAACGCUUGAUAAUGGCGAAAAAGUGAACAUCAAGAACGCGUGCCCUCUUCCUCCAGCAACAUCUGAAGGGUUAAAUGAACUCAUGUUGUCUUUCUAUCCAUUUCACGUCGGGUGCCUGUCUUUGGUCGAGUACAUUUUACGACGCAAACUGGAAGUCAAGCUUGAAGAGAAAGUUCCGAGUUCGGUCGCUAUCCAGACGUUUUACUAUGCUCUGGACGAGGUUCGUGAUUGUCUUCGACAGCUGCCAGAUUUGUUGUCGCUUCAGUCGGGUCUCCACACUUUUGGAAUUGAGUAUCCUCAUGGGUAUUAUGGGAUGCGUAGGUAUUGGAGAGAUAUCCGUGGCGAUAUGAGAGGGUGGUAUUUUUUGUUUUGCGACCCCUUCGACAUUCCCUGCUUAACCGAGUAUAUUCUCUCGAACCUCCACCGCGUAUCCAUCACUGGGCGAGCGGUUAAUAAUACUCGGAAGUCACCCUUAGAAACUCUUCCAAUUGAGUUAAUGCACCUCAUAAUAUCAUACCUCCCCUACCGAUCCAUUUUACGACUUGGCCGUGCCAACCAUUAUCUUCACAACUUGAUAUCGGCCGAUCAAACCAUUUGGCGAAACAUGCUGAUAGCUGGAAGCAUCGUCCCAUUCAUAUUCGAUCUCAAUGCUCGGGAAUGCCAUGAAAAGGAUGAAGAGCUUGAAGGGACCGGCACAUGUUGGGAUUGGAAGUUGCUAUGCCGUUGGCUUAAGGAGGAGCCAUUUGUUGAAGAAGCUCGAAGACUAGCUGUACUGGAUUCCCCAGUGCCACGCGAUCAAUUUAAAGAAGAGGCCAAUCAAUGCUUUAUGGGAAGCAUGAUUGAGUUGCUUUAUACCAGAGAGACAAAGUUGUUCGAACCACCAUUGGAAUUGGCCAACCGUGUCAGACUUUUCAAGACCAUAGAAGAUGCUUUGAUGUUAAAGCCAAGGGGUAGUCGUGGAACAGAGGAGCGCUAUGCGUUCAUGAAAGGGCAUGAAGAAAUUAGAAUCCUUGGCAUUGUGGAGUUUGAUAAGAUAGAUUGA